AUGUCUAAACCCGACAAAGUUGACACGACGUCUCGCCCUUUGUGGUGGCAUUUGGUCGACAUUGUGGACUACUUCGUCUUUUCGAUUUUUGCGGCCUUCUUGUUUCCAAGCGUCAUCGCGACGAUGAAUUGGGCGUUCGAUGUGUACGCAAUUGUAGGCUUGGGGCUUUUCCUUUUCCACGUUGUGUGUCAUGUGCCUUUCGCAGGACAUAUUGUUGUUUUGACGGAAACGGGCAAUACAGCUGGAUGGGACUCGUUCGAAGGGUCUUGUUUACAUCAUCUGCUUUUAUUUGCGGGGUGGUACUUUUUUUGCUGGGGCAGUUUGCUUACGAAAUGGCAGACUAUCAGCACAGCAAGCAAGCAAAGAGGUCAGGAAUGUGAACCUGCUGAUUUGAUGUCCAUGACGGUAUCAAUCCCAGCUUUUGGACCAUUCUUUCUUGGCUGCUUUGCACACUGGGUUGCAUUGCGCUGGUUUGAAACAACGGAAGAAAUGAUUGAGGAGCAACGUCGCCGCGACGAGGAGUGUGCCUGGGUCAACAGAGACAUUUAUGACUUCUAUAGCGCUUCUAGCCCUCCCAACAGGACUGAAGAAGACAUCAGCGAAGGUGACACUCAAGGCGACGAUGAAGGAGACGAUGAAGGAGACAAUGACGGUGACAAUGACGGUGACAAUGACGGUGAAAAGUAUGAACUGGGAUAUGAGAUCUUUUUCACCAACGCGAUGGUUGCUCUCCUUUUGUGUCUCAUUGUGGACACGAAAGUUCAAGGAAUGGAUGAAAAUGCCUACACUAUUCAUAGCACUCGCAAGUAUCUCGGAACCGCCGUGUGGUCGGUGUUGCUUGGGCUAUCCGUGUAUGCUUUUGCGGUCUUCCGCCGUCGUCAUUUCGAGAAAUCGGCCUCCAAAAACGAUGCGGCUUCAACCGACAACGAUGCGCUACAACCGCCGAGCCCAAAACAAACGACGUGGCUUCAACCGACAACGAUGCGGCUACAACCGCCGAGCCCAAAACAAACGACGUGGCUUCAACCGACAACGAUGCGGCUACAACCGCCGAGCCCAAAACAAACGAUGUGGCUUCAACCGACAACGAUGCGCUACAACCGCCGAGCCCAAAACAAAUGCGGCUUCAACCGACAACGAUGCGGUUACAACCGCCGAGCUCCAUAA